AUGACUGAAGAGCGACUGCCGCCGGUGGCAGAAGACAGUGAGGUGGAUGAAGGAAGUAUGGGCGGGGAAGAAUGGGAAACGGAAAUAAGCGAAUUCGAAACAUCUUCGGUAUACUCUUCAACGUUUACUCAUUCAUCUGAGUAUGAUGGAGGAUCAGCAAAGUUGAAUGGCGUGCUGUUGAACCUUGUGCUGGCCAUAUGCGUUGUGGUAGCUCUCAUUGCGCACGUUCAGCUAGGAAAGAGCGAGCUGACAACGCCUCCAAAAGCUGGUGGAAUCACUCCAGAACUUCUUGAUGGCCUCAAGCAUGAAGGGUCAAGACUGGUGCGGGGGGUAUCUGCGGUGCCAGCGUUUGUUCCCCAGUUCAUUGCUGGUCAAGGUGAGGAUUUUUCUGAGUCUGAGGAGGAAUCGGAAACGCUUAGUGAUGUAGAGGAUGAUGGACCUGCUUCCUUAGGAAGGAAAGAUGAUUUAGAUGUUGCUUCUUCUGAAGGCAUCAAAACGACAGGGCACGAGGUGAACGUGCCAACACAAGUUCCUCAACAUGAACCUGUGGGCUCCAGGGAGGCGGUGCUUCCCCGUGCUUCUCCAGCGGACGGAGAGCCGUCUACACCACAGGAGACGCCGAUUGUGGGGGAGUCUGGUGAGGAGGUUCUGAGGAGGGAGUCCGGAGAUAAGGAGGCAGCUGAGGACGCCUCUUCUACGCCACAAGAAACACUGAAGCUGGAGGAGGCAGAUCAUGAUGUGGUGAGGAAGGAAACUGAAAGUACGGAGGCACCUGAGGACGUGGCUUCACCGUCACAGGAAAAUGAGGUGCUGGGGAAGGAACCUGAAAGCAGGGCGGUACCUGAAGGCAUGGCUUCACCUCCAGUGGGAAUGGGGGAUCUGGAGGAAGCACUUCGCAGGCUGGAGGAGGCCCUAGAGCAGGGGGCAGCAGAGAAAGAGACCUCAGUAGGUGCAGGGCUCUCGCCUGUGGGAUUAGACAAGUUUCCGCAGCAGGAGGUUCCCGUGCCUCCGGUGGCCGAAGGGAAACUGCAGGAGGUGCCGAAGCCUGACAUGGUUUGGCAGAAGCCAGAGCGAAAAGCUUCUAUAGGACAAAAGCAGGCACUCCAGGUGCCAACGCUAAUCUCGUGCCUCAAGGAGCCUAGGUUUGAACCACCAUUUAAGUUAGAUGACACGGAUCUGGAACCUUUUCGUGAUAUCCUUAGCGGUCACCCUGAAGAUGCAGUACAAGUCCAGGGCCGUUAUGUUCUUAGGCAACAGCUUCAGGAUUUCUUAAAGGGGCAAUGGGUCGACGUGACGAUGUUGCAGUUGUACACCGAUCUCGUCGAUGAGAGCAUCAGACGCUCUUUAACUGCUGACAGGGUGCUUUUUGCAAUGACCGCUCCUCUGCUGGAUUGGGAGGAGGGCCAUCCCCACGGCACUUCCGGGCACUUUAUCGUUGCUGUUAUCAAUCGAAAGGAGCAUCGUGUCUCCGUCGUCGAUAGUCUCCCCCACCCUCCAUCAUUUUACGAGCCGAUCUUGAACUUCAUCAAACUUGUUGCGCAGCAGCUGCACGAUCCAGCCGCUGGGCCUGUUCCGCUGUAUGAAGCCUCCCCCCAUGUGCCGGAGCCAGGAUUUCCCAUGCAACUUGAAGCCUUACCGGGGUUAUCUCUUUUGCCAGGAAUACGGGAGGGCCUUUCUAAUGCUUGUGGCCCUUUUUGUAUGGAGAACAUCCUCUGCAUAGCAGAGGGCCGACAGCCUAAUUAUACGAUGGCAGACGCGAGAAACAUCCGAUUGCGCGUGGUCAGUUGUCUCAACUUCACACUUAAAUAA